UUUCCAGGGAUCAGUGCGUCGUCGUAGUCGAGGGGUGAAAAGGGAUUAUGUAUCGUGGGUUAGUUCGUUCUUCGUACCUGCCAAUUCGUAUUUCGUGUUUCGUUGCGCGUGAGACUCGUGCGAUCCUCGAGCGAGGCACAUCGUAAUGGCCGCGACCUGACUCGGGUGAUGUGCAUGCGAGCUACCGUGUUCGCGUUACGUGAAGCAGACGAGCGGAAAAAGAGAUAGGGUAAGCAAAUACGAAAAACGAGAAGAUACGACGAAGUUUAAGAGUUACGCGAUUUCUGUGCGUAUCGUGAGUGCUUGUGGGUGGGCGAGGCGUGAGCUCACAAUAAGAGUCUCGAGGACGACGAACCAUGAGCGAAGAUCGAAGCGAAGAAGAUCCUUUAAUGGAUCUUUGGUAUAGCAAUUGGGAACAACAGUGCGUUGAAGCAUUGGAAACAGAACAAGAUUACGAAACGCAACUGCACAACGAAAAGGAACUUUAUUCCCAGCAGAUGUGGACGAGUUUUCAGACGACUGCGUCGGCCAUCGCCCAGCUGUAUAAAGAUCGUACGCAGGGUGUCUCUCUAUGGGUACCUUUCCAGACUGCUGCAGGUACCGUCACAUCGUUGUACAAAGAUUCUAUGGACAGCAUGCGUCGAUGCAGUGAAUUAGGUAUAGAAAUGGGCCGACAAAAGCGUAGUAAAGAAAUUAUGAAUUGGGCUAGAAAGAAAAGGCGUAUGAUUCGUAGAGAAGAUUUGUUAGCAUAUCUAGCUGGAAAACCACCUCCACCUCGACCACAUUCGCAUAGAAGUUCACCUAAACCAAGGAUGAUGGUUUGUAGUUCGCCUUCUACAGAAAGUUCAACACCAAAUAUGGUUGUUGCACCAACACCAAUACCUGGAAAUGAUCCUGAUCCUGAAUUACAUACAUUUAGAGAAGCAAUUGCAUUGUCUGGCUCACCAAUAUCUCGGCGUACUGGAAGACAAGCCGAAUUAUCGGCUUUUAUUAGUAGCGAAUUCGCUCGACAUCAUAAACGGCCUGCUUCGCAUGACGUGGAUAUGGGAUCUCCCACGCACAAACGUUCACGUUUCAUGUAACGGCGCGCGAUGUGUAAAGUAGCCUCACUCCCUUGUUCCCCAUUAAUUAAUCAAUUGAUAAAUUAAUUAUUAACGGUUCAACUCCCCUACAUAGUUCCCGGUUAAACAUAAUCACUUCAAGAAGAUGGCAAUGACUUGCAUUGUCAUAUAAAACACGUUCGUAUAUUUCGAGUAAUUUAUAUUAUC